AAAUUUCGGCUUUUUUAUACCUACUCGAGGGUUAAAUUCUUCUUGUUAGUUGUUGUAUUCUUGUUCUUUCAUCGUUUCUGAUUGGUUGAUCACAGCAAACGCAUGUUAUAAAACAGAAUGGAAGUCGUUUUUAUUUUUUAUUCCACAGUUAGCUUUCAACGUGAAAACAUCGGAUAAAGGAAAAUGGCUCGCACCAAGCAGACCGCUCGCAAGUCCACUGGAGGAAAGGCUCCUCGCAAGCAGUUGGCAACGAAGGCCGCUCGCAAAAGCGCUCCAGCCACCGGAGGAGUAAAGAAGCCUCAUCGCUUCCGGCCAGGCACCGUCGCCCUGCGUGAGAUCCGUCGUUAUCAGAAAUCGACCGAACUGCUGAUCCGCAAGUUGCCUUUCCAGCGUCUGGUCCGUGAAAUUGCCCAGGACUUCAAGACCGAUCUGCGCUUCCAGAGCUCAGCUGUUAUGGCUCUACAGGAAGCUAGCGAGGCUUAUCUGGUCGGUCUGUUCGAAGAUACCAACCUGUGUGCCAUCCACGCCAAGCGUGUCACAAUCAUGCCAAAGGACAUCCAGCUGGCUCGUCGUAUCCGUGGUGAACGCGCUUAAUUUCCCCGUCGAAAAUCUUACCAAACCGGCCCUUUUCAGGGCCACUAAGUUCAUAUAAAAAAAGAGUUGGAAUAGAUUUCUUAAAGAACUACAAAAAUAGUUUUCACCAAGUCAUGGCUAUUUUUUAUCAUUGAUGGCGCUGUUCCAUUGAUAGUAAGUUAGAAAUUUGGAAAAGUGGAUGGAACGCUUUGGAUGCAUAUUAUGGUGAAAAUAAGUCAAAAAUCAUUCAUUAACGUUUAGUUUUUUUUUCCUAGAAAUUUUUGAUAAAUAGUAUUUUCUUACAGGCUGAAUUUGUAUGUAUUUUUUAUGCAGAAUAUGCUAAAUGGGAGGGACUUCAAAUGUUAGUCCUUCC